AGAACUUCUUUAAAUAAGAGAAAAGGCCCAUACGUGGCCCAACUGAAGAGAAAACGAUCCAAGCAACAUUUUUUUGUUUUGUUGCUUUUCUCUUCAUCCCCGAUGGCGAUAAACCCUAUGCCACCGUCAAGAAAUUCGGCAUUUUCCAGUGAAUUAGCGGGGCUGGAACCAAACGGAGAGAAGGUUAAUACUUACUCUGUUAUGACGCAUCUAAGAGAUCUUUUAGCCAUACUAAAACCAUAUGAGAUUGAUGUCUUCAAGAAGAACGGAUUCGAGAAGCUGUUUGAAUUGGCCGAGAAACCCAUAUGGUCAUCGAGAUUUGGGUUUUUUUUGCUUAGAAGGCAAAUAGAAGUUUCAAAUAAAACUGAGAUUUGGGUUCUGUUUGGGGGAAAACCAGUAAGAUUGUCUCUGCGUGAAUUCAAGCUCGUCACUGCUUUGAAGUGUGGAAAGGUAGACAAUUUGAAUACAAAGGACUCUACACCAUACUACUACACAAUGUUCGGCAGACAUGAGAAUAUGACCGUUAAGAAGGGAACGAAUGCUUCUCACUUACAAGCGGCGUUGGAUCUGGCUGCUUCCUUUGCAUCACUCCAAGUUCACUAAAUUAUGAGGUGAUGACAUAUCAGCAUCGCUCCAAGUUAACUAAAUGAUGAGGUGAUGACAUAAUAUUUAUAUGUAUUUAAAAAAAAAUCUUUUUUUUUUGUAUUUUCUUUGAAUUCAAAGAUCUUUGAUAUGACUGCUUCUGACAUUGAGUAUCCCUUGAAUAAAAUUUUCAUUGGUAUGAUAAUAAAAUAAAUAAGAAGUGAUGGAUGUUGUGGAA